CACAAGUUGGGUAAUGCGGAAGCGGAGCGCUUCAGUCGGAUUGAGACUACACCAAAAAACCCGUCCGUAAGAGAAGAAAGGAAAGGUUCGGGCCGCAGGUGAAUCGUCAUGGCCUCUCCAGAAGUGUACAGCUCCACCACGACGUCUGCGCCCAAGCAGAGCGGCUGCUUCGACGUCCCCAACAAACUGCUGGACCUGAAGAGGUUCGCCGUGAAAGUCGCGGAAGUGUUGCUUUCUUUGGUAGCCUUCAUCUUAGAGGAAGUGGUCACCACCUGCAUCAGCUGCCAUGCCCUCUACUUCUUUGAGUUUGUCAUCUGCACAGCCUUCUUCUUCACCAUGCUCCUCCUCAUCCUCAUCUCCACCAAGCUCCGCAAAAAAGUUGGAAUCGGCUACUGGUCCCAACUGGAUUUUGUCUAUACGGCAGUGAUCGCUGUCCUACUCUUUCUUGCCUCCGUCAUUUUUGCCAGCAGCAACGUCAGAAGCUCUGUGGAAUGGGCCGCUGUGAGUUUUGGGUUCUUGUCCUUCAUUGCGUUUGCUGCGGAUGUCAUCUUGUUUUAUAUGACCAACGGGAACCCCUGGAAGGUGCAUGCCAAUGUGCCGGCCAACAACACUGAAAGUCAAGUCACACAGGAGACCGAGAGACUCAACGUGGUCUCCAGCGGAGCAGAAUGAGUUCUGUCUGAGUACACACACACAUGCACACAGCAUAAUUCAUCCAGGAGUCAAAGAAUAUUGAGAGGACAGAGCCGCUUUAACAUUUAUGAAUCCAUCCUAGUGGUGAUUAUUUUAAAUACUUUCGCUAGUUUCACUGAAGCCUAACCGACAGAGAGGGCUUACACUACCCUAUCCUUCCCAUGCUGUUGUCUUUGUCUUGUGAUGUUAAUGUUGUUAGACAUGUUCUGACAAUAUUAAAACCCGUCAGCAGCCUUUUUACCCGUCCUGCCAAAACGUUCCCAUGAUCCUUGGCUGAUUCCAAGAGCCUGCUGAUGUAUGCGAUGAGGAGCCUCCAGGCUUGAGCUAAAGCCAGUAGAGACUUUUUUAUUAUUAUUAUUUAUUUCUGAUUUUUCCCUUUUUCUCCCAAUUUAGUGGCCAAUUCCUCCCUGUUCUAGUUCAAACACCCACCCUCGUACUGCAUGCGUUCGCCAUCUGCAUCUCUCCGGCCGGCAGUCUCGAAGGAGACGCCUCGCCACCUCCGUGACAAGGUGAAUCCAGGCCGAACCACUGCUUGUUCCAACACACACAGAGAUGCAUUCAUGUGACGAACACAAGCCGACUCCACCCCCCUCCCGAAGAAAGUGUUGCCAAUUAUUGCUGCUUCACGAAAUCCGGCCAUAGUCGAAUCUGGCGAGACCGAGGCGCAAACCCCGGUCCCCAGUGGGCAACUGCAUCGACACAAAGCCAAUGCUUAGACCACUACACCACCGCAGACCUAGAGACUCAUUCUGACAAAGCUUUGAUUGAUUAGCCAUGGUUUUUGAUCAAGUGAGAUCUGCAUUGAUGUAGUUUUCCAGAAACCCCUCUCUGUUGGCAUUUUGCCUUUUGCUCCGUGGUGGUGGCCUUGGUUGUGGUGUGUAGUGGAUCUUCUAUGAAAAUGACUCCCUCACUCCCUAAAUGGAGCUUUUCCACUGUGAUGCCAACAUUCCCUUUAAAAAAAACAAAAAACAUUUUGACUAUAAAAAAGGGCUCUUUUUUUUCUUUGUAAUUUGCAUGUUCUCCACGAGUCUGUUUGGAAACAUUUAAAAAAAAAAAAUUUGACUCAUUGUUGUUUUGACCACUUCAUGGUUUGCAAAGCAACAUAUUUAGUUGUGUGCUGUUGUUUGUAAAAUGUCAGCUCAUGUCUGUAUUUUCAAACCUAAAGUUAUUUGAUAAUCUCUGGCAUAUUCGUCACUAUUUUAAGCCUUGAUGAGUUUCUGAAGGACGUGGCAGUUUAUGUAGAACUAAGCUGAAGAAAUAAGGGGAUAUUUUGCUGUCGAGGUGAACUUUUUAUUCCUAUGAUUACAUGAAGAAGAGUUUUGUUGAGUUUAUUGAUAUGGUUUUAGAUAAGACUGUGAUGUGCUGCAUCGUUCUUAUGUUGAAAUACUUACACUACCGUUCAAAAGUUUGGGAUCACCCAAACAAUUUUGUG